UGCAACUUUAGCCGAAGCAGAUCACCUCAUCUGCUGCCGUUUCGUGCUUUUCUGUUAUUUUGUUUGUCCGUGGAAGAAGUUGAACCAGCGAAGAAGCCAGUGAGUCCCUUUACAACUGAUGUCCUGUAGGGUUUGAGUGCAUUUUUACGCGUAUUUUUUCGGAAACCCUAGAGCUUCAAGAGUACACCCACUGCACUGACAGACCGCGGGAAAAUGUCGUUACUUCCUGUGCAAUGAAGUCUUGGCGCGACAUUACAGUUGUAAACAAUUGGAGGACACAUAGCAAAUAUUCCUUAAGAAACUGAGCCACACAGACAUCUAAAAAGGAUGGAGAGCACCGGAGACACCAGUGUUGCGUCUGGAUUACUGGUACCUGACGUCAGUGAAGAAUCUAUGGAUAUCUACGAUGGCCUGGAUGUUUGUCUUAGCAGCAAAAGUCCAGAGAAAUCCCCUCGAAAUGGUUCUCAGCUGAGAGACUCGAUGGAUCUAUAUGAAGAAAUUGUGGCAGAAGAACAGCAGAGCAGAGAGUCAUCAUACAAUGAGUUAAAGUCCAGAUUCCAAGCAGCUCAGAAUCAAAUUAAAGAGUUGCACAGGAGACUGGAGCAGUUGGAAUUACAGAACACUGGGUUGAGCACAGAGAACCACUCUCUUAAAAAGAACAUCUCUGCACUUUUACGAACAGCUCGACAAGAGGUGACACGAAAAGAUGCUGAGAUUCAAAGGCUGAAUCAACGGUCAGACAAAGGUCGGCAUCAUCAUCAGUCUCACCUAAAUAAUGUACGGGAUCCAAGUUCUUCCAGUCGCACCUCCACAACUAACUCCACAAGUAGGCCACCUCCUCCACCACCGCCUUGUCUUCCGCCACCUCCACCCCCACCACCACCACCGCCAGUCAGUGCUCCCCUCCCUCUUCCACUUCAACCAACUUCACCUCCCAGGGGGGACCACCCACCAAAGGAUCCAUCUCAACCCUCCAGGAAAGAAAGUGAUCGUUUGACCAGAACUUCAAAAGCAUCGUCUCAUAGUCAUUCAAAAAGGGAUUGUGAAGUGGGUGACAAACAGACUGAGUCAGACAAACUCAGGUCUAAACAUAGGGAUGAAAAACAUCAAACUCAAAAGCAAUCUGAAUCAACAGAUAGGAGACAGAGAAGUUGUUCAGAUCCCAACAAGGACUGCCAAGCCCCAGACAAAAGCAGAUCUCACAGAACAGACAAAAACACUGGACGAAGGUAUGACUCCAGGUCAUGUAGAGACAACGUAAAUGUUGAAGGGCACCACAGACGUUCUGACUCAAAGGACCGAAAAAAGUCUUCCUCAAAUCAGCAUGCUGAGCGCUACAGUGAUUAUUCGAAAGAGAAGGAAAAGGAUAGAAAGAGGGAUUAUGAAAGGAAAGGGGACCGAAGACGUGAAGAUGAAACUAGCAGAAAGCAUAAGAGGAGCAGUCAGUCAGAGACGAGCAGAGAACGAGAGAAACAGAGAUCCAAAGAAUCUGAUAAAGGCAAAGUGGAUGUCUGUGGUAAGGAAAGACGAGAAAAGACUGAUGAGGCCCACAAAAAAUCCUCAGAAGAUCCAAAUGUGGGUGAGAAAAGUUCUGUGGAGGAAAAUAGUCCGAACAGGAAGCUGAGUUUUAUGGAAACACUGAAUCUAACCCUCUCACCAAUUAAGAAGCCAUUGUUGCCAUUCGAUGGCAGCCAGAAUGACCUUCCAGCAGUGGACAAGGAUGUUGAAAAACCAUCAGAUGAGGACAAUUCACAGCCUAACGUUGAUGACAUGUGUGUCAUUGAUGAAGUAAACAGCAGUGAAUUAGAAGGAGGGUUGGAAGAUGUUGCAGAGAGAUCUCCAGGUAAUCUCGAGGAGAUGCCUGAGAGAUUUGACAAUGUGAAAUAUGUCCAAAAAAAGGACAAAAGCUUGAGUGAGACUCCUGCAGUUGAUAAUUCAGUCCAAACUACCUCAGCUCAUAGCAAACCCCUGGAUACUGCAAAGAAUCAGAUCACUGUGCAACUCGCAAGAAAAUCUCCAGAGACCAGUUCUCUAAAAGCAGCAGACAAAACCAAGUCGGUCUCAAACAGCCAGGUACCUGAGUGUAAACCACUGGAGGCCACAAAUGGCACAGAUCAAAGUGAAAUGUCUGGAAGCAUUACUGAACAGCACACAAGCAACGACCUACAAAAAGCUGACCCUGGAAAUACAACAGGUCUGCCCGCUGCUGUUACACAACCCACUGUGCUCAGUACAAGUGUAGAGCCCCCCCAAGCAGUGCCACAGAGCGUCUCUCUGGAUUCAAUAACAAAAGAUGCUGUUUCAUCACAACCAAGGGAAACAAAUGUGAAUGAAGAAAUUGCUGACAAAGCCAAUUCUGAAAGUCAGCAAAUUUCUAACAUUGCUUCUGCUUCUGCCAGUUCAGUUAUUGAGAAAGAUGGUUGUGGUGGGCAAGAUGUUUCUAAAGAUACAGAUGCUGUAUCCAGUACAAUCAGCCUGGAAUCACUCCCACAAGAAGGGCUGAGUUUAACAGAGGCUAUUUAUGUUUUAACUAAUGAAGACGCCAAUGACAGCAACGACAUCGCAACUGAGCCCAGCUCCUCCACCGGCUGUAUUGGAGUGUCCAAAGUCAGCAGUACGACGGAGGAGAAGAUGCUGCCAGACAGGUUCAGUGAACUCGCUGUCACACCCAAGAAGAUCUUCAGUCCUGGAAAGAGACAGGAGAAAAAGGUUGAGCCAUCAAGUUUUUUGCCGUUACUGCAUGAUGAGGACUCCAUGAUGCGCACACUGAGUAAUCUGAAGAGAAUCCCUGAUGCCAUCAGCCCUUUGAGGAGCCCAGUCAGGAUAACCAGGAGAAAUCUUCCCCAUGUGAACGGCAAGCCUGGUCAUGUCAAGAGCCUUCAGAAAGAUUUUUCCAGUACAGCUGCAGAUGCCAACUCAAAGAAAUUAGAUGUUAACAAAGAGAACAAGUAUCCAGGUUCUCCCGCAAACUGUGACUCACCAAACCAAGUGGACAAGGUGUCUGACCUGCCUUCAAGUCUCUCUGAAACAGAUCUGGAGGAAGGGGAAAUUUUAAGUGAAAGUGAGGAGGCGGCUGCAGGUUCCCCUGUUCCUGCAACCAAGAGGGCCAAGCUAGCACAGCCAGUAUCAAAUAAACCAAGUCCAAAAUCAAAAUCUGUUUUAAACAAGAAACCUGAAGAAAGGCGGGUUGUUUCAAAAGAAACCCAUGAAACAGCAGGUGUAUCAACACGAAGUCCAAGGAGUCGUUUUAAAACAGUUUGCCCUGCAGCAAGCAAAGCUUCUUUUUCCACCGUAGAGGAAAUAAUGGAGACCUUCAAGUCGGUUCGCACUGAGAUCCGAAAAAAGUACAUGAAGCUUCAUAAAACCUUUCCUAAGAAGAGCUUCUAUGGGGUGAUGGAUAAUUUCCGGGAGUCUUUUUUAGAGUUUGUGGAUGGUGCUCAUUUUGGUGAAAUAUGCAACCAGGCAGAGGAGCUGAAGUCCACGCUGACAAAGGUGAUUGCAUCUGUGUUUUGCAAAGUAUCAAAUAACGGUAUUGUGAAGCGCAUUUUUGAACAGCAGGCAGUCGAUCUGAAGCAAAAGUUGUGGGACUUUGUAGAUGACCAAGUGGACUACUUGUUCAGAGACAUUCAAACGACACUGAAGAGCUAUUGCAAACCAGCAAGGGCUCAGGGUGAUGGCAAGAAGACCAGCAGAGAUGAGAAAGAGUCUCAACAGACUUCCGCAAAGAAACCACAGUGUCAACAAAAAGAAGCACAGUCUGCUCCGAAUAGCCUGAAUCAGACAUGCGUUGUGGCUCCUUACAAAACAGGCCUUGGAAGCCGAGGCAAAGACAUCAGAAUCACACACAUGGAAAAAGACGAGAAUGCUGAUUCACAUCCACCAGACUGUCCAAAUACAAAAGCUGUGGGUGAGUUUCUUCCUCCUAAAAAUCUACAUUCAACUCCAGAGAAAAGUAACAAAAGUUCUUUAAUGGUCUGUCAGAAUGGCUCUAUGCUCGACAAAACAGACUUUGAGCUCCUCACAGAACAGCAAGCCUCCAGUUUAACGUUCAACCUGGUGAGGGACUCCCAAAUGGGAGAAAUCUUCAAGUGUCUCCUGCAAGGAUCUGACUUAUUAGAAAGCAGUGGCAUCACCGGAGACAACACUACCUGGUCUCUCAGUACUCCAAGGAAGGAUGGAGACAGAUUCAUCAGCAUCACCACGCCAUCGAAAUUUGAGUCCCCUUCUAAGCUGCUCUCCCCAACCAAAUUUGAUACUCCCUCUAAACUUAUUACCACAUGGUCCAGCAUUUCACCUCGUAAGAUGUCAUCCCCACGACUCAAAGAUCAGAUGUCACUGAACCCGGCUCUGUUUGAUGAAAGUUGCCUGUUAGAAGUUCCAACAGACAACCGAGCACUGCUGCAGGCCAGCUUGGCUGCACAGAAAACAUAUUCCAUUCUAGCUGAAGAUCUUGCGGUCUCCCUCACCAUUCCAUCACCUCUCAAGUCUGACAGCCACCUCAGUUUCCUGCAGCCAUCGAGCAUGAGUAUGCAGAUCAUGUCCACUCCGGACAGCGUCAUCAGUGCGCACAUAAGUGAGGACGCCCUGCUCGAUGGGGAGGAUGCCACAGAGCAGGACAUUCACCUGGCCCUCGACACCGACAACUCCAGCUGUGGCUCCAGAAGCAGCACGUCCUCGGAACCGCUCGCCACGCCUUUCGUUUUCAAGCCCGACGUGCCCAUGCAGGCGCUGGUGAUGGAGAAGUCCAACGAUCAUUUCAUAGUGAAGAUUCGGCAGGCGAACACAAGCGCAGAUAUCACACUGACUGCUGAUGACACCUUCAGUCGAACUUUAAUAGAAGAUGAUCAGCAACACAGUGAAGGCGACGUAGCAGCUCAUCAAGUAAGCGCUGGUUUUACAGACAAAUUGGAGAAAGAUAUUAGUCCCUGCAAUGCUGUACGUAUGGAGAACAAUCUCUCUAACAUGUCUGACCGUUCUGUAAUCUGUCAAGCUGACACUGGAUCAGAUACCCAUCUCACUCAAGAUGAAGGUUUAACACUAGCAAACAAAGAACAAGAUGUGUCAUUUCAACCAAAUACCUCAAAGGAUUGUUUUUCCAAAGAACCUCUGCAAACUCUGCCUGAAGUUGCACCUUCAGAUAACGGUUUAAACAGCUGUUCUCAAAAGUCUGCCGUCACCGCUGAUGAGAGUCAGACACGUGUCAGAGAAGAAGACACAACUCCAAAAACUCCUACAAGAGCUCUUUCAUGUGAGUCACAGAAAAGGAUCAGUCCCUCUAAAACUGUUGUGUCGGAUAAAAGUCUGCCUCACCCUGCUGAAACCUCGGACACAAAUCAACAGAGCCGUGCAUCAUGGUCACACGUUUCAGACUUGGAGAGAGAAGAAAUGGACAUGUCUGAGUCAGAGAGGAGUCUCUGCAUUGCAGAGGAAACAAGCAGCUCACCAGAGAAAGACAAGAGGGAUUGUGACAACGGCAGAAAACGGAAGAGGCACCAAGAGAAAUCGAAAGCAAAGAGGUCCAGAAAGGUGGAAAAGGAGAGCGCAGAGGAGAUGGGGUCGGAUUUAAAGCAUGAUGAUGGGGAGCAGGAGUGGAACUCGCCAACGGCAUGUCUGUCACCCAACAGUCUGUCUGCUAAGAAUGUCAUCAGGAAGAAGGGCGAGGUGGUGAUAACGUGGACCAGAGAUGAAGAUCGAGCUAUUCUGAUUGACUUGAAGACAAAAGGUGCCUCUCGUGAGACUUUUUCUGCCCUGUCAGACAAGCUUAACAAGCCAUCAGGGCAGAUUGCUCACAGAUUUUACCAGCUCAUGAAGCUUUUCAAGAAGCAGGAGAAAAUGGACCCGUGAUACCUCAGACUGUGUGAAAUAGUUCUUGUAUUGGAGCGGUUCUCUAAGAAGCGAACAGAGUGUUUGAAUCAUUACACCGUUGACGCUGCUGUGUUCAUCGAGAUCUGAAGCCGUGCAUAUACCAUCGGCUGACACAAAUAUGAACAGGAGUUUUAUCCAAGCUUUGAGUUUUAACUGAAGGUGAAAAUCUGGUAAGUGUUUUGUUUUAGGUACUUUACCUGUAC